AAAUGUUACCUUUUGAGACAUUGGAUAAAGCAGAACUUAACAGUGUAAGAUUGGACCUUGUUCAUCAACUUCAGUGUUUUAAAUGCUCAACCGAAGAAAAAGGGAUCCUUCGAGAUAUUCUUGUUGAUAUACUGAACCUUCAACAUGGACUAGAGGAUAACCUUCUUGUUAUACAACAGAUCCAACAAGUAGAUCCAGGGACAAGAGAAGAUUAUAAAGAGCUGGCUUUAAAUACAGCAAGGCAGCAUAUUAUAGACAUUAAUUCAGUUUAUCAACAAGGACUAGACUGGUUAAAGAAUGAUCAAGUUUGUGAUACUCUUGAACUAGAUGAUGAAGAUGAUAGUUUAGUUCCUGAUAUGAAUUUGGAUCAACUCUCCUCAGAUUGUUUUAAAUCCAAGAACGUAGAAGAAAUGACACCACAAAGUUCUUCAGAUGGAGAUGAAACGUUACCUAUAGAUAAAGAAACAAACGUUUCAAAAAAGCAUGAAAUAGAAGAAGGGAGUUUGAUGAACUCUAAGAGUGAAGAUGAGAUACGUGUGAGGGCCCCGAACUGGUCUGACCGACAGUCAACCUGCCUAAAGGAUCUGAUAAAAAACCUAGAUGGAGGUGACAUUUACACUGCAAUUCUUGAUCCUAAGAAGACCAUGAAGGGAAAAGAGAGAAAGAAGAGAGCUUGGGAUAGAGUGUACAGAGAGUUCAGAAAAAUCCCCGGGAAUAAAGUUUUUAAACUUAAACACAUCCUUUGCAAAUACAAGAACAUUAAGAACGAGUUAAUAGAGGAGAGAAGGUUUCAGGCAGAUGGUUUACCUUAUUACUCUUCAAAUGGUGAAGACUGGAUGAGGACUAAUCAAGCUGGUGAUACUCUUGGUUUUAAUGAAGAAGAUUUUAAAGAAGAUCUUGAAGUAGUUCCUGAUCUUGAUCUUGAUCAGAUAUCUUCAGAUAGUUCGGGAUUUAACAAAAAUAUAGAAACUAACUCAGAGUUUGAUAAGCUACCCAGAGAUCAAGAGGGGAAUGCUGCAAUUAUGUUUUUUAAUGAAGAAAGGAAUAAAAGAAGGUUGGUGAAAUCUGUGCGUGGAGGUGGAAAACGUCGAAGGGCACCAAACUGGUCUGAGCAGCAGACAGCUUGCCUCAUGGAUCUGAUCAAAACCCUGGAUGGGGGAAAAAUCUACACCAUCCUCCUCAACAACAACAAGACUAAGGUCGGGAUAGAGAGGAAAGAAAGAGCUUGGGAUAGAGUGUACAGAGAGUUCACAAAAAUCCCUGGGAAUAAAGUGUUUAAACUUAAACACUUAUUUUUCAAAUACAAGAACAUCAGGAAAUUAAACAAGGAGUUAUUAGAAGAGAAAAGGUCUCAUGCAGUUCAGACGGAUGGUUUACCUCACUACUCUUCUAACGGUGAGCACUGGGGGUUUACGUUUGAUGACAUCCCGUCAUAUAUAUUUUAUUUAUAGUAUUUUACAUUUAAGCUCUGUAAAACAUGUAAUGUUUAGUACAUGUACAUUUUGGUGACCCAAAUUUAUGUAAAUUUUGUUUUUUUCUGAA